AUGGCUUCGUCGACUGAUCUUGGUGUAAACGAAUACCACGAAGAAAUUAUUCGUCAGUAUGUACAAUUUUCACGGGAACAAAAAUUGCUGGGCUUACGAUCGUUCCAUGCUGCUGCUGAAGAUUUCAAGAAUCAGCGCCUUUCCGAUGAAUCCAUGAUGACUGUGAAUGAAAUUAAUGAUUUCCUUCUUGAAUUUAUCGACGUUUUAGAGAAAGAGUUUGAACAAGAACUGACUCAUCAAUAUCGCGUUAGUACUCUCUUAAUGAAACAAUUAUUUCAGCAAGCGGAGCAAUGGUUUCUCAAAUUGAAUCCGAAUUUCGAUCAGUUAGAGAAUCGUCGUCUGAUCGAUCUCAUUCGAGAUUACGAGCAACAACAGUUCAAUAAGACAAAAUCAAAAGGCAACCGAGAUUUGAAUUCAUUAAUGGAUCCGAUUAACGACACGAAAUCGACCGUACUCCUCAAAACUGAAAUUCAAAAACUACAACAAUUAAACAAUCAACUAAAACAACGUUUGAGUAAAUACGAAAAGGAUGAUGACUUAUUAAGUCACCAAUUAGAAGAAAACGCUCGAUUGUACCACGAUAAAGAAACAUCGUUCUCUCAACAAUUAACAUCCAAUGAAAAGCGUUUGAAAGAAGUUCAACAUGCCCUUUCACUCGCGGAAAACGAAAUCAACAGAUUCGACAAUUACGUCAACAGCUUGCUAGCCAUAAUCAUGAACCAGAAGAUGAAGAUUAGCGAAGAAGAGAAAGAAAUAUUUAAUCAAAUGAACUCCGUCCAUAUUAGUGUCGUUUAA